AUGGUCCUUGGAGAGUUUUUCAUCGGUAGACAUGAGUGGGAGAAUAUCGAUAAGAAUAAAUUACCUACUGAAAUUCCAGAGGUAGAUGAAGUCGGUGCAACGUCAGCACCUUUGUUAUCGGCAUCAUACUUCAUUGGAUCUAAGUGUAAACCUUUUAAUGAUGAUUUCAUGUUAUGUAAAGAUGAGAAUAACGGAGGAACAGUGGAAUGCUUGAAAGAGGGAAGGAGAGUGACGCGGUGUGCUAUAUCUGUGUUGAAGGAUAUAAACCAAUACUGUUUUGAUGAGUUCAAGUUACAUUACGAAUGUUUAGAGCAAGAAAAUCAUUCAUUGGGCCAUUGCAGAAAUUCCGAAAAAUUAUUAAACAAAUGUAUAUUUGAUAACUUAAAAUUAGAAAAGAAGAUUCCAGGAGUGGAGAAGCAAAUCCAUUUAGUAGAAAAUCCGAUAUAUCAGGGCUCGUCGAAAGAUAAAGCUAACGUUCAGGAAUUUUUGAAGAGCAAGGAAACCAAAUCUUAG